AGCGAAUAAGCCAGCUAUCACCAUAAAAUUAUAGUAUCUCCUAACGAAUAAGAUAAUGGAUACUCAUCCCAUUCUAUAUAUAGGGGCGUUCGAGGACCUCAAGCAAACACUCACUCUCUUCCUCUCCCACCGUUGCUCUACCAGAAAUCUUCCGACAAACAGACUUCCUUGCAGAUCAUACUCGUCUUCCAGUGUAGCAACAUUGGUCCUUCAAUAUUCUAAAGCUACUCCUUGAUUCUUAGUCGAACAGUCUUCGCCUUGGUACCAACCGACCUCCGUUGCAGCUGCGACAGUGACCGACUUCGACUCUGGAAUUCUGGCAUGGGCACCGAGUGAUACAAUUGGUUCCGUUUUUCGGAUUGCACGCAAUCCCUUACACCCUCUUCGGCCCACUUAUCAGUGGAGUCAACCUUCUGCCCGGGCCCAAAAUUUUCUGAUUUGGUUAUGGAUGGACUCCCGGCGGCCCACGGUCCAAAUAGCAGCCCAGCUUCUCUUAACCGGCCCAAGUUGAAGAACUUGGGUUUUGCUGUGGUAUUUGAAAGGGCUUUUUAGUUGUUUUAUCUCUAGCUCAUUCCUGACCAUCUGAUUCAAGAUGGACAAUUUUGAUUUACCCAUCGGCAACCGGUUGGCGAUUUGGAAUCGAAGAGAAUGGCUGGCGUGGCAAAUAAUUCAAGCUAUGUUGGCGAUUUGGAAUCGAAGAGAAUGGCUGGCGUGGCAAAUAAUUCGAAGUUCAAGGAUUUCUCGGGGGAUGCUUCUCCUACCUCAGCCAUGAUGCCAGGAAAAGUUGCCGACGAGGUUGCCGUCCUCCCCCUCUAUACUUCCAUGUCUCGAUUAUCGUGAAGAAUUCCGGCCACCGAUGAUUGGCCGAUAAGAUUGGUGCAUGCCGGUUAUCCAUGCCUCUUCUGAAUGGCGCUCGACCCGAGCCUCCCCCCUACGUUCGCUCCAAGCGAUGCUACGGCGACCUCCUUCAGUCCGCGCUCUGCAUCUACUGUGACGCCGACCGGAGAAGAAAAGGCAUCUCCUACGAGAACUCCUUCAAUUCCACAGUUGGCUGCCGGAAGCUUCUCGAAUCCCUCAAUCUCGAUAGAUCUAUGAGUGGUUUUCUCCAAGGUCUCCUCCGUGGUCUUGAUGGAUCUGUGAGGGGAUGGAGAGGGCGGCGGCCGAGAGGCGAAUAGAGAGCGGAGGGAGGCGGCUGAAUAGGGUUUCACUCGGGAAGAAGGUGGAUGAAAGGAAAAAAAAAAUGUUAAAAUAUAUUUCUUUUCAAAAGUAAAAAUAACAGAGGAGGUGGGCUGAGCUAGCUUCUUAUCUGACCGGCUUGGUACAGCUAAGUCAGAUCAUGUCUUAGAGAAAAUAAUUAAAAAUAAGAAGAGUUGGUAAUAUGGGAAAGUCAAGAUAAGGCAGCCCCAAGGACACAUACAAGUUCUUGGUCGGAGGGCGGAUGGAUCUGAACGUUGAGGUUAAGAAAAACCUAGAACAACAUUAGAAAGACCGAGAAGAGUAGAAGAACGGAGCAAUAUGACGGAGGUCGGGGAGGCGCACGUCCUUGUAUCCCCUUUUCCGGCCCAAGGUCACGUGCCUCCGAUGCUGAAGCUUGCCGAGAUCCUCUCCCAUGCCGGCCUCCAUGUCACCUUCGUCAACACUGACAACAUCCACCGCCGCUUCCUCGCCAGCUCUCCCGCCCUCCAGCGGCUCGCCGGACUCCCCCGGUUCCGGUUCCGGACCAUUCCCGACGGCCUUCCGGAAGACCACCCCCGGCCCUUUCUCCAGUUCCUCGACCUCGAAGAGUCCCUCCGGACUCGAUCUAGGGAGCACUACAGGGAGCUCUUGGUGCCCACCGGCAAGGAUCCCGACGGAUGGCCGCCCGUGACGUGCGCCGUGGCCGACGGGAUACUGCGCCUCGCGUCGGAGGUGGCGGCAGAGAUGGAAAUCCCCGUGAUAUUCGUCCGCACGAGCGGUGCUUGUGCUGUUUGGGCUUAUCUUUGCAUCCCCGAUCUCAUCAAGGGCGGAGAAAUCCCGUUCCCAGAGGAGGAGGAGAAGGAGGAGGACGGUCUAGACGAGACGAUUCGAGGGGUGCCAGGGAUGGAGGGCUUCUUACGGCGUAGGGACCUGCCAAGUUUUUGUAGAAAUGCUAAAUCUACUUCUGAUCGCUCUCUCCAGUUCGUGACCAACGCCAACGCAAACGUGAGACGAGGGAGAGGUCUCAUUCUGAACACCUUCGAGGCCCUUGAGGGCCCCGUCCUCUCCCACAUCCGUUCCGCCAUCCCCAUCAGCUACGCCCUCGGACCUCUCCAUCUUCUUUCAAGAACUUUUGAUGAUUGCGGUGCUGAUGCCCCGUUGUCCUCCAACUCUGCCAGCCUCUGGCAAGAGGAUCGCUCCUGUCUUAAGUGGCUCGACUCACAGCCGCAGAGGUCGGUCGUCUACAUUAGCUUCGGGAGCGUCACAAUGAUGUCGAGGGACGAGCUGAUGGAAUUUUGGCACGGGCUGGUGGACAGUGGUAAGCGGUUCUUAUGGGUGGUGAGGCCAGACCUGGCGGAAGGGAAGAUAGAGGAGGCGAUACAGGAGGACUUGGAGAAGGAGACGAAGGAGAGGGGGUGCCUUGUGGGGUGGGCACCGCAGGAAGAGGUGCUGGCCCACCCGGCAGUGGCAUGUUUCUUGACUCACAGCGGGUGGAAUUCGACGCUGGAGAGCGUGGCGGCAGGCGUGCCGAUGAUCUGCUGGCCUUUCUUCGCGGACCAGCCAGUGAACAGUAGGUUUGUCGGUGACGUUUGGAGGUUCGGAGUGGACAUGAAGGACAAGCGCGGCAGGAGCGUGGUGGAGAGGAUGGUGAGGGAGGUGAUGGAAGGGGAAAGAGCAGAGGAGUUGAGGAGAUCGGCUGGUGAGAUGGCUGAACUCGCAAGGAGGAGCGUAGGGGAAGGCGGGUCAUCUUACAGGGACUUCGAGAACUUGGUUAAAGACAUCAAAGCCAUGAGCCGAGAAAAAUAACAGAGGUAGCACUCUACGGUGCAACAGCCGCACCUUUGCCAUGCAAAGGAUCCUGGCUCUUUUAUUAGUGCUAUUUUUGCAAAAUUAAGAUAAUCUAAUCAUGCUGCCACUAAAUUCCAAGUGCCUAUUAGAUCCGUGCGUGGAGCCAUAGACGACAGAGCAUGAGAUUUAUUUCCGGUCCGUUUUCGGUUUUAGACUUACCAGGGAGCGCCAAUUAAAUAAUUAUGACUCUAUGUUAAGUAUAUAUAUGUUUGAAUACGUUUCUUCCACGAUUUGUUGAAGGGAUAUUGAGCCUGUCCCGAUGUUCAGUAAUGUUAAUGCGCAAAGUUAUAUAUACAUCGUCACUGAUUA